AUCUAUCUUGCAAACCAUAUUUCGCAAGUGUGUUUUUGGUUGAUUGAAUCAUUUACCUCAUACUCUCUUUUUCCAGGUGACAUUCAUGGGCAAUAUUCUGAUCUUUUGAGGUUUUUUGAACAUGGAGGUUUCCCUCCUAAUGCCACUUAUGUAUUUCUUGGAAAUUACGUGGAUCAUGGGAAGCAAAGUCUUGAGACAAUCUGCCUUCUGCUUGCCUACAAAAUUAAGUUCCCCGAGAAUGUCUUCCUUUUACGAGGAAAUCACGAGUGCGAGUCCAUGAAUCGGAUAUAUGGGUUUUAUGAUGAAUGUAAACGCCGCAUGACAGUUAGAGUUUGGGAGGACUUUAUUGAUUGUUUCAACUGUCUUCCAGUUGCCGCUCUCAUAGAGCGCAAAAUAUUAUGCAUGCAUGGUGGCCUUUCCCCCACGUUAAUAAAUCUGGAUCAAAUUAGAGGCUUGCCACGCCCGAGUGAUGUUCCAGAUUGUGGUCUGCUCCGCGACUUGCUUUGGUCAGAUCCUGAUAAGGAUGUCAAAGGCUGGGAAAUGAGAGAUCGAGGUGCCUCAUAUGCCUUUGGCCCAGAUACAUUGUCUAAAUUCUUGAAAAAGCAUGAUAUAGAACUUAUUUGUCGGGGCCACCAGGUUGUUGAAGAUGGGUAUGAAUUCUUCGCCGAUAGACAACUGGUGACCAUAUUUUCUGCUCCCAAUUUUUGCGGUGAAGGUGACAACUUUGGUGCAAUGAUGAAUGUGGAAGAAAACUUAACAUGCUCAUUUCAAGAUCUUAAACCCGUUGAUAAAACGGCUAAUUCAUCUGAGAAUGAAGCGGUGAUUGCUGCCACAGCACCUCCAAAAUUGCAAUAGCUCGCAUCAUUUGGUGACUUGGGCACGUAACAUGGAAAAGGAAGAUAGAAAAGACUGCUGGUAUUGAAGUUUCCGGGGCGCAUGUUUUGUCUGUUUCAUCUCGAUUUGUGUUUGGGGUCUGGUGUUCAAAAGGAGGACGAAUGAUAUGUGGGUGCUUUAGCUUAUCAGUGGGAGCACGAAAAAGAUUGUUGUUUCAUUUAGCGAUUAUAAAUUACCGAUCGGUGCUUGAUCUUCGAAUGGGGACUGUAAAUAAAUUUACAAUUGUGGAUUGGGGAUGCCUGCAGAAGACAUUUUCAUCUCACUUUCUGGAUGUAAACCUUUGUUUUGCUCAUAAAAGGGCCAGGCAAAUGUAAUUUCUUUCGA